AUGAACGAAUCAGAGGCAUUGUACUAUCCUCGAAGCUAUUAUGGUGACAUCGCCUUAUUUUUCUCGAACUACAUCACCAGGUUGUUCGCUAAGGAUUGCAUGAUCUACACCUUCGAUAGGUAUGACGGGUGGCAAUCCCGUCUAUACUCCUUUAUCGAUCAAUUCCUAGCGUCAACUCGACUCGACGAUUCCGUUGCAAUAGGUGCUCUUACGCUCCUCGAGCGGUUCCGAAAUACUGUUGCCCGCCCGCCAAGUUAUCCUCACCGCAUAUAUCUUUGCUAUUUUGUUGGGGCAUAUAUGGCAUCGCACCGUCUUUUGGCUAAGUCUGCCGACGCGGACCAUUUGCCAUUCUGGCUUUCCGUAUUGGGGGAAAGAUUUUCUCCAGCUGAGUUGCAGCAUGCAGAAGCCGACUUCCUGCGUGAUAUCGGAUAUCCCGACCACAUCGAUAGCCAUGAUUUCAAAAGCAUGAAGCAGCGCAUGUAUCUUUUCAUCCAUACGCAUAUGGAAAUGCGUUCGGGCCACUUCUAUGACAGGGAAGUUUUUUCGCAAAGCUUGGUGUCGAACCGCCCACCGUGCUAUAUCGAAAUGAUGAAACGAAAGGCACUUUUUACUCGCAUCAGAUCAGCUUUACCCCAAUCGCAGGAGCUGUCUAAUCGCGAAUUUUACAAACAGCUCUUUCAGUCAGAAGAAUUGUGA